AUGGCGAAGCCGCAGGGAGGCACGAAAGCGUCGAAGAAGGUUCAACCACCGAUCUUGUCGCACGAGUUCAUCAUCCAGAACCAUGGAGACAUCGUGAGUUGCAUCGUGAUGGUCUUCAUCGUCGGUCUGAUGUUCCCACUCACGCACGGGAUCGCCUCGUACUUCGUGUCUCCACAAUACAACGGAACGUAUCUGGAAGUGACUGGACCUGAAGGAGCUGAGAAGGAGGUCAACGGAUAUCUCAAUGGAAUCCUCGAUGUGCCAACCCUCUUCUUCUACUCCAUCUGCUGGAUUGUCAUUCACGCCGUUCUUCAGGAAUACGGACUUGACAAGCUUCAGAAGAAGGUUCGUAAAACACAGAAAAAUUCCUCAGGAAAAGUAUUAUUUUGUAGAUUCAUCUCUCGAAAGUGUCCACGUUCAAGUUCGGUGAAUCGUUCCAUCUGCUCUUCUUCGCCGCUUACUCUAUCGGUCACGCCGGCUACAUUAUCUCUGAACGCCCAGAAGACUUUCUCGAUGUGAAGAGGUAACAUCGCCAGCGAACUAACACCUCAAACAAUCCCUGCCUAGUUCUUUCAGAAUAUGGUCCGGAUAUCCGGUCGAGCACCGCGUCAUGUCCAUCAGCUACAAGCUCUUCUACAUCUUCCAAAUCUCUUACUGGCUUCACCAAUUCCCAGAGUUCUACCUUCAAAAGCUGAAGAGAGAGGAGAUCCGCCAGAAGACCCUCAACACUGUCCUUUACCUCUUCUUCAUCACCACCGGAUACUUCCUCAACUUCACCCGCAUCGGAAUCAUCCUUCUUUCACUGGAGUACGCCACCCAGCUCGUCUUCCACAUUGCCCGUCUCGCCCACUUCCUCAACCGAAAAGCCUUCUCCGCUCCGGCUUUCAAGGCAUACAACGCUCUUUUCAUCGUCGGACGCUUCGCCACCGUCGUGCUCGCCGUCAUGACUUUCUGGUACGGUCUCCGCCAAACCGAGGCCCCGUUCGUCGAUGUCAUCACCGGAAACUUCAACACGUCGCCAGUGAGACUCAACCUCCUGUUGGCCAUAAUUCUUGUGCAACUCUUCCAACUCGCUCAAUUCGUGUCAUUCCAUCUGGGAAGAUUCCGUGAAAACAACGCCAAGAAAGACAAAAAGAAGACUACUGCGGCUGCUGCCCCCAAGGAUAAGAAGAAGAGAAACGAGUCGGUGAGUGAGAUAUUUCGUAGAAUUUCACAUUAUAAUGCCAAAAUUUAACAUUAUUGCGGUUCAAUGAGCAUUUUCCAGGAGAGCGACUCGAAGAAGAAAAACUAG